AUGCCAUUGGUUCUGAAGCCGUUGAAAUCGCUGGCGAAGCAGUUCGCAAAGGUAUCAAAGCUCUCAGCUCGACACCCGGUUCAUGUGAUUCUAGUGACCGUGUUCAUUUCAGCAUUGGCGUAUCUGUCGGUAGUGCGAAGCUACUUCAAUGGGUGGCAGCUGGACUCCAAAAGCAUUUUUGCCAGCAACACCGAUGCUCUGCAAUUGCAAGACGAAUGCGCGCAUUACUUCCAUGCCAGCAGUGCUGAUUCGUGGACAAGACUGUCCAACGACGAACUCGCAUCUGCAUCGUUUUCAGAACACUACUACCUGAUGCAACUUGAUUUCAAGACGCAAAAUGAUACACAAGUUUUGCCCGAAUUAUUAAACGUUGUUUCCGAAAACAGCAGCACCCGUUACGUUCUACAAGCAGAUCUUUCAUUGCCCAAGGACCUGCAGGCAGGCGAUGGAACUACAUGGAGGCUCAGACCUCACAGCUUCCAUUUCCAAGACACCAAAGCCAUGAUAGCGUCAUUUCUAGAGAACAUGGUGGAAAAGCUGCAAGGAGCUGAGACCUUCGACGUCUUCAUCAUCGGAGCAGCCUAUGCAGCCAUGUUGUACACCUUUGUCAGUCUGUUCUUUGUCAUGAAGAAACGAACUGGAUCCAAAUUCUGGAUCGCACUUUCUGCCGUGGCUUCUUCGACCAGUGCUUUCGUUCUUGCCCUUUACACCAGUCAGGUAUUACUCGGGAAAACUGUCACUCUUCUAAGUUUGAUCGAGGGUGUACCUUUUAUCGUGGUUAUUGUAGGGUUUAAUCACAAAGUGAGACUUGCUUCCUUCCUUUUGGAUUAUUUCAGAAAACACGGUAUUUCCCACCAGUUUGAUACUUCCGAACUUGUUUACCUCGCUGUGAAGGAAGAGGGUGGUCGCCUCCUACAAGAUCAUCUGUUGAGCAUAGUGGCCUUUAUCGGCGGCGCUUUAUACGCACAUGACCUUGAUGUCCUAAGAAACUUCUGCAUCUUGGCGUCGCUGGUAUUGAUUUAUGACUUGCUUCUGACUUGCACUUACUACGCGUCUAUCCUAGGAUUGAAAUUGGAGAUUAACAUUAUUCACCGCUCUGUUAUGAUAAAGGAAACAUUAGAGGAAGACGGGGUUGUCAAAAAAACGGCCGAAUCUGUUUCUACGGCUGAUACUCCAGCCAAAGCUGCAUUUUUUACCUCGACCACCAGUAUUGUUUUAGUAAAGCUCUCUGUUGUGUUGGUCUUUGUGGGCCUCAACUUUUACAGCUUUGGAGUUAGAUGGACAUACCAAACCGUAAAUGCCCUGUACUCUAGACCAUCUAGCCUUGUGCUGCCAGAUUUCAUCUCCCAAACGGUUAAGAAAAACUAUCCUAGCGGAGUCGUCGUGUCUGUUGUACCUCCCCAAAAUUAUCAACCAAUGAAGGUAUACCUUCAGGUUGAAGAUUUGAUCCUCUCCACCCUACGCUAUUUCAGUGUUGCGAUUAGAGACAGGUUGGUCAGUAAACUUGUGCUAUUUGCGCUUGUGAUCAGUGCCUCUAUUAACAUCUAUUUGCUAAACGCCGGAAGAAUACACACCGAGUUCACAGCCAAGCAGUUGAAGCAACACAGUGCAAGGAAAACGGGAAUUAAAAAGCAAGUCAGCUAUGUCGCUAGCCAGGACAACAAGCUUUCCGCAUCGUCUUCAGUAACAUCUAUCGAAACCAACACAGCGAUUGAGGACGAUAGCGAAAGCGAUCGCGAAGAUAAAGUGGUCAGACCUCUGGAUACCUUGGUGGAGAUCAUGAAAGCUGGGGGUCUCAAGACCUUGAACAACAAAGAGGUCACAUCUCUAGUUGUCGAUGGAAAACUACCGUUAUACGCUUUGGAAAAACAACUAGGAGAUACCCUACGCGCUGUCUUUAUUCGUCGUAAAGCCCUCGCACGUCUCGCGGAUGCCCCUGUACUUGAAACAAAUCGUUUGCCUUACAAGCACUAUGACUACGACCGUGUACUAGGUGCUUGCUGCGAAAAUGUAAUUGGUUAUAUGCCACUUCCUGUGGGUGUCAUUGGGCCCAUGGUCAUAGACGGCAUUUCUUAUCACAUCCCUAUGGCAACCACUGAAGGAUGCUUAGUUGCAUCGGCCAUGCGUGGAUGCAAAGCCAUUAACGCUGGCGGUGGUGCAACCACAGUGUUGACUAAAGACGGUAUGACAAGAGGACCUUGUGUUAGAUUCCCUACGUUGAUGAGAGCUGGUGCUUGCAAGAUCUGGAUUGACUCUGACGAAGGACAGAACAAAGUCAAGAAGGCUUUCAACUCCACUUCGCGGUUCGCACGUUUGCAACAUUGUCAGACCGCCUUGGCGGGCGACCUAUUAUUUAUUCGUUUCAGAACUACAACUGGUGAUGCGAUGGGCAUGAACAUGAUUUCCAAAGGUGUAGAACACGCGCUUAAGUUGAUGGUUGAGGAUUUUGGUUGGAAUGAUAUGGAAAUUGUCUCUGUGUCCGGCAACUACUGUACUGACAAGAAACCAGCUGCAAUCAACUGGAUUGAAGGUCGUGGCAAAAGUGUGGUUGCCGAGUCGAUCAUCCCUGGCGAUGUUGUGCGUAAAGUGUUAAAGAGUGACGUGAAAGCCCUAGUGGAGCUGAACAUCGCUAAAAAUUUGAUUGGUUCGGCAAUGGCAGGCUCGGUGGGUGGGUUCAAUGCCCAUGCAGCCAAUUUGCUGACCGCAGUAUACUUGGCGUUGGGCCAAGACCCUGCGCAGAAUGUGGAGAGUUCCAAUUGCAUAACGUUGAUGAGCGAGAUUGACGGAAAUCUGCGCAUCUCAGUUUCUAUGCCAUGUAUCGAGGUUGGUACCAUCGGCGGGGGAACGAUACUGGAGCCUCAGUCUGCGAUGCUGGACCUGCUAGGGGUUAGAGGACCACACCCCACUUCUCCUGGUGACAAUGCUCGCCAAUUAGCUAAGAUCGUUGCCUGUGCGGUACUCGCUGGUGAACUUUCGCUAUGUGCUGCUUUGGCUGCUGGCCAUUUGGUCCAGAGUCACAUGAUCCACAACCGUGGGAAAGGUGCCACCUCUUCUUCUGCUACUGCUCCGGCGGCCAAACCGGCGUUGCCACCUGUCGCCGAGGGAUCAGCCGCGACACGCGGUGACGUUGAGCGUUUGAAAGAGGGCGCAGUGACUUGCAUCAAGUCCUAA